AUGAGAAUCCAAGUCACAGCUUUUAUACCUUUGCUGUCGCUUUUGAUAGGUCUAAGUCAUGGCACUGGACUUGUCUUUAAAAUGACGAACGCUGUUUGCGAGUCACACAACAAAUCCUGGGUGAUAAUCGAAACUUGUCGACUGCACGCAUUGCAACGCAAUAAAACGAUACUCAAUGUCUAUUUAAAUGUUUUGCAUCCUACGAAUUCGGUUUCGAUACGAAUGCAAGUCCAGAAAAAGGCGAACGGAUAUAAACCUUGGGUUUUUGAUACUACCUUCGAUGCUUGCAAAUUUAUGAAGGAUAAAUCGAACAAAGCAGUUAAAGUUGUAUUCGAUCUUUUUAAAGAAUAUUCGAGUCUGGACCAUCCUUGUCCCUAUGUGGGACAACAAUAUCUUAGAGGUUUCUACCCGGCCAUCGAUAAGCUUAGACUUCCGUUGCCAACUGGCGAUUAUCUUCUCUUGAUGACCUGGAAGUUCUACAAUAGAAUUCAACUAGAAACAAAUGUUUACUUUACAUUUGUAGAGGAUUUUUAA